AUGGACGGCCUGGGCAACCAUGGCAUCCAUGAGCAUCUUGGCCUCAGAGGAGAAACACAGGAAUAUUUCCAACUGCAAAUGGAGCAACAUCAGCACGCCCAGCACUUCCAGGGCCACGCACACAACCACCUUCAUGGUCUGGUGAAUGAUACUUUCCUACCCUCCUACCACGACGACACCUGUUUAGACUUGGCCCCAGGACAUACACAUACCCACGGUCCCACCAAGAGUCAUCAACAAACGAUGAAUCAAGCCCAUCACGGUCGCAGCAUGAGCAUGGCUGCUAUAUCAACCAACAAUCUCUCUACUCCUCACACACCAGACAUUAACGUUUUCGGCCCCUUCGUCUCCAACUUUCCCAUGGGCCUGAUGUCGGAAAGCAAUAUGACCUACGAUCAUCACAAUGCAAUGUCUGUGGAUUGGACGUCGGCCUAUCACGAGCAGCAACAGCAGCAGUUGAUGGGCUAUCAAGAGGAGCAGCAGCAGCAGUCAAGCCCCGCGAUGCCUAGCAACCAUUCUGAUUGCGACGAGUCCGAUUCCUGCGCAAUGCAAUGUCCCGACAGCCGCUGCGAGCAGGGCGUUGCCUGCAACAACAAGGAUUGCGCCGAGUCUCCUUGUCUCUCUAGUUUCUCUGAUUGCGACGACCCUGAGUGCGAGGGAGACGUCUGUAGCGAACCAGACUGUUUAGCGCUGGACGGGCCUUCACUGAAGGCUGCAGAGUCUCUCAUUUCGUUGCCAUCGAGGCCGGCGCAGUCUUUGUCCCAGCCGCCUUCUCAGCCCUUCUCAGGCCAAGGCACUCCCCAUGGACUGUCGGCUCAUUUAACGAUGCAGUCAGUGAACCUCGGCGGCCUUUCAGAGACACCCAACUACAAUAUGGCGCAUGGGGACUUCUCCUGUUCAUCAUCUGCUAGGUACGAUAUUCCAUCCGACGGUCUCCCUAUGCCAAAUCUCUAUGCUUCUCAAGUCUACACGAACGGAUCCAUCGACUUGAACGACUUGAACGACUUGAACAACAACAUGGAAAACUUGAACCAGUUUAUCAUCCAUGCACUGGAACACCACGCCCCUGGCCACCAUCCUGAUCGUUGUCCGGGACCUUGCUACGACACGGUCAACGGCUUGAAGUCCAAGCUGGAACGCCAUAUGCAAACGCAUACAGGAUACAAACCUGUCAAGUGUGAAGUCUGUCAAGCUGCACUUUCCGCCAAACAGUCGCUGGCACAACACAUGCGUAUACACACAGGAGAGAAGCCGUGGAAGUGCGAUUUCCCGGGCUGCAAGCAAAGUUUCAAACAGCAGAGUGCACUCACCAUGCACAAAAGAACCCACACUGGCGAAAAGCCACUCUCUUGCGAAAUCUGCGGAAAGAAGUUUGGCGAGUCCAGCAACUUGUCCAAGCAUCGCAAGACUCACAACGUUAAAGGUCAGUUCACCUGUGAAGUCUGUGGCAAGGACUUCCAUCGACUGGACCAGAUGCGAAGACAUAUGAGGGUCCACGACAACAAGGACAAGGAUACGCAACAUGGAAACGGCAGCACGGGCCGCGUCAUCAGCGGCCGCGUUGAGAAGAACACAAAAUGA